GUAGAGCAGCGCCCAGUGGAGAGAAGUGGAAGGCUAGGAUCGCACCGUCCCAGUCGGCCAGCCGGCGUCCACGCCGCUCACGCGCCCUUACCCCUGCCGGCCCUUGCCCGACGCGACCCACCGACAUGCAACCCCGGGGCUGAGGCGGCCCGAUGGCGAAGCCCGCGUCCCCGCAACGACGGCGCAUGGAGAACUUCCGAAAGGUGCGCUCCGAGGAGGCGCCGGUGGGGAGCGGGGAUGAGGAGGGCGGCCCGGGCUCAGGCCCCUUCGCCGACCUGGCGCCGGGCGCCGUGCAUAUGCGGGUCAAAGAGGGUAGCAAGAUCCGGAACCUGCUGGCCUUCGCCACUGCCAGCAUGGCACAGCCAGCCACGCGCGCCAUCGUCUUCAGCGGCUGCGGUCGAGCCACCACCAAAACCGUCACGUGUGCCGAGAUCCUCAAGCGCCGCCUGGCGGGUCUGCAUCAGGUCACGCGGCUGCGCUACCAGAGCGUGCGCGAGCUGUGGCAGAGCCUCCCUCCGGAGCCCACGCCGGGGCAGAAGCCUGGCGAGCCAGCCGCCAGUCUCAGUGUACUUAAGAACGUGCCCAGCCUCGCCAUCCUACUUUCCAAGGAUGCCCUGGAUCCGCGCCAACCCGGCUACCAGCCGCCGAACCCCCAUCCCGGCCCCUCGUCCCAGCCAACUGCUCCGACGUCCAAGAGGAGUCUAGGGGAACCUGCUGCUGGAGAGGGCUCCGCGAAGCGGUCACAACCCGAGCCUGGUGCUGCUGAAGAGGACCAGACCGCCUGAGAACUCCGGCCUCUGGCCACCUGGACGGACUGGAUCUUACCCCGGAGCUUCGACCUUGAGACGCAUCUCUAGCCUUUCAUACCUUGGUCCUCUGGAACCUACAACGUGGCGGCAUAGACCCCAAGGCGACAAGAGGGGGACCCCAGGGAAGCUUCGUGGUGGGGUUGCUCCUCCACCUGUGUUGCCUGACGACACACGACUCCACCUUCAGCUUUCCUGAACCAUACGGGGACUUUCUUUAGGGAGGGAAUGGUGGGCAAUGGGACUCUUGAGCCUUUAACCCCAAAGGUUAAAAAAAAGGUUCACAUAGGAUUCUUGAAGUGGGCUAGGAAGGUGGAAGCUGAGGAAAGCUCUUGGAAUCACCCCACCGUUGUCAGCAGAGGGCAAAGGGUUGGAAACCACUGCUUGAGGGCGGGCGAUUUUGAGUGACGAGGGGUAAGGGGCUAUUCUGCCCUUCACCCCAGGACAGUUUCUAGUUUUCCUUUUCCUGCUUUUAAGGAGCAUCCUGAGAGCAUGGUGGCAGGGGCGUCUCCACAGGCUCUUUUAACAUCCCACUUUCCCCAUGCUGGCCCAGAGGGAGAGACUCAGGACAGAAGUCUAUGCCACCUCCCCUGAGCCCCACAGCUGGAGUCUUGCUUCCAAUGAAACAAACACAGAAAUGGCUCUGUCCCUGGGUUUUUCCCUAACCACUUGCCUGUGUAGAGACUGCUGUGGUCUGCCCCCUUGUGUCUCAGUCCCCUCCAGCCUGGAAUCCUUAGCUUUUGAGGUCUAAUGGGUCAGGCACAGAACCUGGGCAGCUUCAAAAUGGUGCCGGGAGCACAUUACCCAGCGCCUGGUUCUCCCUCUUUCUCAGCCCUCCCUGGCUAGCUCCAGUAGCUUCAGGGCUUGUGGCCAGAAGGGGACCUUUGUCACCUUAUGUGUUACCACUAAGGGAAAGGGAACAGCAUACUGCUUUUCUGGAAGGGGGAGGAAGGUGAGCAUCAGUGAACUAUCCUGGGGGUCACUGCCAAGGAUGACAGACCAAACUGGGCUCCCUAAGCCUGCAGCCUCCUGCCAAUAAACGGCCCUACCAGAAGGCUGGCACAGAGCCCCCCAGCCCCAUGGAUAGAAUCUACCCUUCACUGCUCUCUCUCUCUCUCUGAGAAAGGACAGCACACCCUUGGGAGAGGGGGAGGAGAGACUGAGCACAAAUCCACUGCUGGAAAUUACUAUUCAGCAGAGAAGCUGGGACUUGGGCUGUGAAUCACUGCAGGCUCCCUGAUAAGCGGCUGCCUCUGGCCCUGCACAGCUGUCUGUUGAGAGAUAACAGCCUUAUAAGCCUUUCUGCCCAACUCCAAGUCAGGUGGGAGGGUGGAAGGAGUGCUGUGUACUGGAAGCACUCUAGCAAAUAUGAGGGGGAGGGGCACAUAGCUCCAAGAUCUUAGAAGCAGACCCUGUCCCUUGCAAUUUAACAGCAUCCUUGGAAAGGAGGAGAUGGGGAAAUAUGUAAGUCACUUUGUAGGCAGAAAGCUGAAAUAAAUCCUUCUGCUGGUAACAAGAGGUAGGUUUCUGCAGUUGAUAGAAGGGGCUCUUCACGGAGUUCACCCUCACCUCCCAGCUCUGCUUGAGCUUUGGAUAGGUGGGCCCUGUCAAACAGACUCUGGCACUGGCUGCCCUCCCUAAUGUCUUGUUCUUGAUGAGUCCCUGGGGAGAGCCAAGGGAUUGGGGCGUGUGUGCCUGACUCUCUCAGGAGCAGCCCAGGAAGUGUGGAGAGAAUGUAAACUGUCCUGACAACAAGGUUGCCCUGGGCUGCCACUGGGCGUCCGCAUCUGAAUUUAAAUGAUAUGACACAGAAGAGGUCCUGCAUGGUAGAGUCUUAGGAAAGACUGCUCUUGGUUCUGGAAGAGGGUCAACUUUCCAAGAUCACUAGUGUCUAAAGUCCUGAUUGCCGGGUCACCAGGACAAUGCAAGCAGAGACUCUCAUUGAAGAUGUCUUGAGUCAGGAAGAGGAGAAGAUACAGACUGACACAUAGAGGGAAGAACAGCAUGUGAAGAUGGAGGCAAAGAUUGGAGUUAUGCAGCUGCAAGCCAAGGAAUGCCAAAGAUUGCCAGUGAACAACAGAAGCUAAGAAAAACGUACAGAACGGAGUCCUCCCUGGAGCCAUCAGAGAGAGCAUGGUCCUGCAGAUAUCCUGAUUUUGGACAUCUAGCUUCCGGAACUGUGAGAGAAUAAAUUUCUGCUGUUUUAAAUCAUCCAGCCUGUGGUACUUUAUGAAAGCAGCCAUAAGAAACUGAUACAAUAUUCUCACCACCUUCAGAGGGAAUAGGGAAAAGGAAUAUGGGUGUUUGCUAAGGUCUAGUCUUGCAUGGUGAGAGGCUCUUUUCAGAGUUCUACUAGCAAAUGUGAACAGAUCAUAUUGAACAGUGUCAAACUGAACAGAUGAUAGGCUUUGCAGGAAAUGAGCCUGAUUCUGAUCUAGAGCAAGUUAUUCUUCUCUGAGCCUCAGCUCUCUCAUCUGCAAAAUGGGCCAGAUUGCUGUGGGGAUAAUAACAGUCUUCCCAAUCUUUACUCAUCGGAAUCACCUAGGGCACUUGUCAAAAAUAUAGAUUGCUCUUAUAAAUUAAUUGGUAUAAACUGAUUGAUUUCUAAAUAAAAUAGACCUUGCAUUACAACU